GGCUUGCGUAUAAAAGCGAUUUUCGCCGACUGCGUGCAUGCUGCGUAUUGCGACGUUGCGUGCGUGAAGAUGCAAAACUUGAAGGUGGUAGCGGUGGGAGACGGAGCAGUGGGAAAGUCUUGUUUCCUGAUUUCCUACACAACCAACUCCUUCCCCUCCGACUACGUCCCCACAGUGUUCGACAACUACGGAAACAGCGUCAUGGUGGACGGGAAACCGUUCAACCUCUGCCUCUGGGACACAGCUGGUCAGGAGGAUUAUGACCGACUGAGGCCGCUCUCCUACCCACAGACAGACGUUUUCCUGCUCUGCUUCUCAGUGGCGUCUCCAACAUCACUGGAGAAUGUUAAACACAAGUGGAUACAAGAAAUCAGGCACUACUGUCCUGGUACGCCAGUGGUGCUGGUGGGUAUGAAGAAAGAUCUGAGACAGAGUAGGGGCAGACAGCAACUCCUCUCGACCACUAGUCCCAGAGCAGACUGCACGCCAAGUGGCCAAGGAAAUUGGCUCAAUAGUACACAAAGAGCCAUUGGAUACUAUGAGACGAGUGCCCUGACCCAGGAGGGAGUGUCGGCUGCCAUGGAGGGAGCCGUGAGAGCUGCAGUGAGUGGUAUCAAAAAGACAGCCACAAGAAGAGGCUUCCGUCUUCCCUGGAGGAAGAGGAAGUCUAAGAGUAGAGGAUUUGACACGGAAGAGGAGGUGGAGUCGGGUAUUCCUCCUCCUCCUGAGCUUCCAGCCAACAGCAAGGCUCCCUGGAUCAACAUCCCCUCCUCCAGCCUCACCUCUCACUGGGGCAAGAUGCUGGAUAACCCCACUCUCUCCGACGUGGAGUUCUCUGUCGGCAGAUCCACCUUCACUGCCCACAGACUGGUGCUCUGCUCUGCAUCCGACUUCUUCCGGAGGUUGUUUGGUGUGGAGACAGUGGUGAAGUGUGAGAGUCUGGGGGAGGGGUGUCCUGGCUGGAACAAGAAGAGACUGCAGAAAGUGACUCCUGAUGGGGUCAACCUGGGGUUGGUGGAGGGAGUCCAAUCCUUCUCUGUAAUGAAAGACAAUGAUGGUGCAGAAAAGACAAACAUUGUCUUGAGUCCUGAGAUGUUCCCUGACACCCCCUUCAAGAGAUGCCUGCAGUUCCUCUACACUGGAAUAGUGGAGCUGGACAAAGACAGUGAGAUGUUGGACGAGACACUGACAGUUGCCCGCCUACUCAACCUCCCUGAGCUGCAAAUGCUCUGCGAGAAUGCCAGGAAAGGCGACGAAUUUCUCAACCCUAGCAUCGGGACAUGGCUCAAUGACAGAAACAGCUCGGUGGCAAAGAAACUGUUUCUCAAUCGCUAUAUUUUUUCAGACGUGACUUUCUCGGUGGAGGGGCAGAGUAUACCGGCUCAUAAGCUGGUCCUCUGUUGUCGAUGUGAUGUCAUGUCCGCCAUGCUGAGUGGGGGAUUCAAGGAGAGCAGGAGCAGUGAGGUUGUUAUCCAUGACACAACGUCUGAAAAUUUCCUCGCAUUCCUGGAAUAUUUGUACACGGACCACUCUCCAAUAGAGGAGGGAGACUCGUUGGGGGUCCUGGAGCUCUCCAACAAGUACGUGAUGCCUCGUCUCAUGGCACUCUGCGAACUCUACAUCUCCAAGAAAGUCGAGAAGGCCACAGUUCGGAGCAUCGCUGGUGCAGACGUAGACGUAGUGGGACUCUUGCUGACUUCACAGCUGUACAAUGCCCCUCAACUGAGCAACUGGUGUCUCCACUUCAUCUCCAGCAACUACUCUGUGUACAGAUCUAAAGAGGAGUACCCACUGCUCACAGGUGACAACCUGUCACAUGUGGAGGAACAUCGCUGGCCACCUCUCUCGUAUGAACUAGCCAUGGAGAAGUACCGCAGAGAGUAUUUGGAACAAGAGGAGGAGGAGGAGGAGGGGGAGGAGGGAGAAGGGGAGGGUGGUGCAGGGAGUGAGGGUAAUAAGAGAAUAGUGGAUAGGAAGAGAAGAAGCAAGACUGUAAAGACAUUGAGAGGACGAGAGAGAUGUAAAGUCAUGUAG